AGGACCGCGCCCUCACAAUUGYCCUCGAUCAGUCCAAACGAUACGGAAGAAACUCGAGGAACAGGGUUGGUUGAAUACAAUUGCUUGCGCACAGAACGUUGAGAGAGAAUGGCAUCCACAAAACCAGUCAGUACCCAACUAGAUAGAGAGGUCGAGCAACUAGAGAAAGAAGUUGAGUGCCCUAUCAGUCUCGACCAGUUCAAAGACCCUCGCGUGCUCCCCUGCAUGCAUACCUACUGCAAACAUUGUUUGGAAGAUUUACGCAAAGAUAAUGGAACCAUAAAAUGUCCAGAAUGCGCCGAGGUAUUCCAGAUAAACAGUGUCGAUGCACUUAAAGUCAACUUUUGGGCGAACAGAAUGAUCUCAUCUCUUYAGUGGGUUAAGGAAAGAGAGCGAAAUGGUGACGAGGUCAAGUUAAUAUGCAGCAACAAUGAUUGUAAAGAACCGGCCCAAGUACGAUGCUUCGAUUGUGAGAAAUACAUGUGCAAGAAGUGUCUGGCAGUACACAACUACAUCAUGAGAGAUUCAACGAAAGACCACAAAGUGAUGACGUUUGACGAGAUCAACAAAGAAGGAUUUCCAGUCGUCGAGAAACUGCCGUACUGCGAGAAGCACAAAAGAAAGAAGCUGAAAUUAUUUUGCAAAGGAUGCGACCAACUUAUUUGUAAAGAUUGUGUAUAUGGUGAACACAAAGGUCAUGACCAUCACUUAACAGCCGAUAUCAUUAACAAGUACAAGGUAAGCCUUGAGAUCAAAAUUAAAAAAGCUAAUGAAACAGUGAAAAAGGUGGAGCAUAGUGUCAAAUCAGUGGAGAAGAAUGAGGUCACGCUCACUACGUCUAAAUUUCAAACACACGCACGCAUUGAUGAAAUCAUCGAUAAACAAAUACAAGCCCUUGAAGAGAAACGGGCGAGUUUAAAAAAAGAAGAAGACUCCAUGUACGAAACAAACAAAGUAAAUUUCUCCACACAGAAAAGUCAUCUUAAGACGCAUCUGACAUUUUUGAAAAGCGCCAUUACAUUUGCGGAAAAUACGAUGGCUCAAGGUAGCAACAGCGAGAUACUGUGUGUGUUCAAGGACAUAACAUCUAGACUGUCCAAAUUGUCAGAAAAGCCCGCCUUAAUCGUUGAAGAUAGAUGGCCGCUGAAACACGUUGUACAAGUAGAUGAAAAAGUCCAAAAAGCGUUAAUCACCAACAUUCAGGCGUUAGCAAGAGUGGUAGAGUUUGAUCCUCUGGCCAUUGAUUUUCAACAGAGCGAGGUGGUUUGGCCACGAACAGGAGGGGGAUGCUACAUUCACAUCAAGAAUGCCAUCGGCGAGUACAUGGAUAUUGAUAAACAGCGAAUAGAUGUUGGCUUUCCCAGAAACCUUGUAUACCAAGAGAAAGGCAUCUGGUAUCUCAACACAGCAGAAUCACCGGCUGUCAAACGUUACAGCCCCCUGAAAUCAUCCUAUAUGGUCAAAGUGGAUGGAAAAAACAUCAAGAAUGGUAAAAUUUGCCAUAUCCGGUUAGACCUUCACACCGACGGGCUGCAAGACGGCCCAUAARUGGAAAGCAUGUACUGUACAUAUCUCUGUGAUCUCGCGGUCUGUUUUCAGUUUGUUUCUAGUAUAAUACUCAAGUGUUUUAUACAACCGUUAAGUGCAUAGGACACGCAUAUUAAUCCUGGCCGUUCGGUCUGAUAGGGUAAUAUUUUAUAUCAAAUCAGUCGAAUACAUUUUUUUCAGAAUGUGCGUUUACAAUCAGUUGAUUUGAAUUUGCAAUUGUAUUUAGAAAGCCCUAAAWAAUCGCUAGGGCCGGGUUGUCCAAUGCCCGAUUAGCGUUAAUCCAGGGUUAGCCCCAUGGGUUUUUCGAAGAGUUAAUAGUAUUCCUGGUACCAGUCCAGAUUCCAUAUAGUUCCAAACUCCAUUCUUUUUUCAUUAUAUGACUAUAUAAUAGCGCGUGUCUGAGAAAACACCGUUCAAAGAUAAAAAAGAACAAAAUAUUCAAUUAGUAAUGGACGUGAUGCAUAUAUUGUUUGUCACGAUGUUCAAAACAUUGCUUGAUAAUGCUGACACUCAAUGGUGUCGCGAAACGUAAAAGUAUUAGUUGUUCUCGUUUAUCUUCCAGUAACAAUAUAUAAGUGUGCAUAUUUGUUUCGAGUUUUUAGUCCAAAGAAAAUGUGAUWGAUGACGAAAGGGAAGUCGCUGCUCGAUGAACCACGAUCAUCRAAGAAUAAAGAAGUGCGCAWGUGCAAGUCAAGAAUAGACUUAACUGUAGAGGUCUUUAUUCAAAUCCGAUAAUGACRAACGAUUAUCGAUUUAAUCCAUUUAUAAGACUAGCUGUGUGUUGUUAGUUUGAAUUCAAUUUGCUCUAGAAAUACUAUUUCAAUUAAGUGUAUUUCAUCUUACAUUAGAGGUUUACCCAUACAAGAGAGACUUAUCCCCCUGAAUGACAUCAUUUGUAUUAGGACCCCUUGUAAGAUACAAUACACAUUUAAGUACAGUGAUAUGACGUAAGGAGGGUUCUUUAUACGUUGAGGAUCUUCUUGGCAGUGUAGCCCUAUAAAGAACAGAAAUUUAGAAUUAUUAUUAUCAUAUUCUUAGAAUUUAGAACGAAAUUUAAACACUCAUAUAAUAGAUAUUGUAGUAUAUACACUAGUAUGGUUGUAGUAAACCCAUAAAGACUCAUAUCAUAGAUAUUGUAGUAUAUACAAAUAGUAUGGUUGUAGCAAGUAAUAGUUGAAAUCCUUAAGUGGAUGUGUAGUUUUGUUUCAAAGAACACUUUAAGAUAUUCUUGAGCAUAUUUGUAAUGUAGACGAUUUGCAUAUUAGGAAAUAAAAAUGCAAUGAAGACAAA